CUAAUAACCUGCACACAUUACCCACUGCUCACUGCUUUCACACUCUAUUCCCAUGCACCUGCUAAUAACCUGCACACAUUACCCACUGCUCACAGCUUGUACACAUGCUUUCACACACUGCUCACUGCUAGCUUUCUGCAAACAAUUUGCUUGUACACUGCUCACCACUACUUUACUACAAUUUUCACAAACAAAGUAGUCACAGCUUUUAACUCACACUCACUUCUCACUUGCACUUACUUAUGGGUAACCUAUAGCUAACUUACAGAUAGCAACUUAAACAUACAUCUUACUGUUCACAACUAGCCUAUUGAUAAUACAUUGCACUUGCUUUGCUCCCCACAUUCAUACACUAUUUGCAUGUAAUAAUUUGCACGUACAAUAUUCACUAUUAACACACACACUGCUCACAUCUAACCAUGCACCUACUUGCACACAACAUUCACUUAUUGCACACACUUAAAGAUAAACUACUCACUACUUACACACUUAUACACUCACCCAUAGCUUACAUGAGCACUGCUCACAAGUAACUGGCAAAUACUUCUCACUGCUUUUAUACACUCUGCUCACACAAUACUCAAAGGGAGCCUACUCACAACCUACACAUUCAGACUUCCACACUUGUCAUAGGUGAUCUAUUGCUAAUCACUUACAUGCACACUGCAUGGGAAUGAUUUUGGACAGGGAUGCAUAUAAAAGAAUCCAAAAUCUUAGGAGUCAGAACUAGAACUUUAGGAGACCUGGCUUCUGGAAUAUGCCAAGCCCUGCACAAAUUACAGCACGUGAGCAUGAGUCCUGACACCAAGGAUGAAACCCCCACUGCUAUUAGUACCAUAUCCACAGCACCCACCUACACACAUGACAAGAUAAGUCUGGGACAAUCAUCUCUCAUAUCUGAUGGACCCCCUGAAGUGUGGAAGAAGGGAGGCCGCCUCCUGUCUGCACUGCUUGCACUAAAUGUGCUGCUGUUGGCAUGUGCACUGGUGAGCAGUGGGGCUUUUAGUGAUGUGAAUGUGGCAGAGAGAGAGGUUCUGUCCUUCCUCAGUGUCCUAAUGGGUCUCAGCGGAUGCUGGAUGGUACUCUACCUCUUGUGGACUUACAGACACCCAGACCUCAAGGACUCACAUGCUGGACCAAUAUGGCUGAGAGUGGGCCUUGCACUGUUUGGUGUAUGUACUCUUGUUUUGGAUGUUCUAAAGAUUGGAAAGACUGUCAAUCUGGGCAGCUGUGCAUCCCCCCUCAGUAUAGUCCACCCUGUAAUUCAGUGCGUAUUUGUGGUAAUACAGACAUAUUUUCUAUGGGUCUCCUGUCAGAACUGUGUGCAGAUACAUAUUAAUCUCACAAGAUGUGGUCUUAUGCUGACCCUCAGCACUAACCUGGCUAUUUGGAUGGCUGCUGUGACAGAGGAGUCCAACCACCAGACACAUUUAUUAAACGAAGACCACAUUAGCAACAAAAGUCAGCAAGCGAGAGCUGGUGGCUCCGAUGGCUGUAAAUGUACCACUGACUUGUGUAAAAUCAUGGAGACUGGCUAUUACUACCUGUACCCCUUUAAUAUUGAGUACAGUCUUUUUGCCACAACAAUGGCCUAUGUGAUGUGGAAGAAUGUGGGGCGUAUAAUAAAUCAGCACUCCCACCACACACACCAUACCUUUAAAGUACGCAGUCUGUUUGUUGGAAUAGUCUUCGGGAUUGGAGUGCUCCUGGCUGGACUUGGUGUCUUUAUUGUCUAUGAAGUUGAAAUGAAUGCAAAAACAGGUUUUCCAAAAGCUCUCAAUAUGUUCUACAUAUUUAAUAUUGUGGCUCUCAGUCUCAUGUCCUUGUGCUCUAUAGCUGGUUCCAUCAUCUAUAGAUUUGACAAGAGGGACAUGGAUAACCAUAAGAACCCCACUCGCACUCUGGAUGUUGGUUUACUAGUUGGUGCUGCAUUGGGUCAGUACUUCAUCUCUUUUUAUUCUAUAGUAGCCGUAGUGGCCAAAACACCUAGUGAUUUGCACAAUGCUUUAAACUUGGUUUACUCGCUACUUAUGCUUGUGCAGCACACAGUCCAAAACAUUUUCAUCAUUGAGGGUUUGCACCGGCAACCUCUACAUGAUGGUCCUUCAAUGAGACAUGAGAAAGAUUUGUACAACAAUGUUUUCAUUAAUCAUGAUGCUGCCACAUCCCAUAUCAACCAUUCUGGAACUGACCAGGUGAUGGAAAUAGACUCAAACCAUCAGGGAAUUCCAGCCCAUAUAAUUUCAAGUGAUUCAGGUGCUAACUGGAAGAGGAGUAGCCUAAGAGAGAUCUCACAGUUCCUGCUUUUCUCAAACAUAAUAUUCUGGAUCAUGCCAGCAUUUGGUGCCCGUCCAGAGUUCGAUAACCCCUUGGGGGUAAAUUUCUAUGGUCCAACCAUAUGGACAGCCAUCGUCAACAUAGGCCUCCCGUUUGGGAUCUUCUACAGGAUGCACGCGGUCGCCAGCCUUGUGGAGGUCUAUCUUAUGUCCUAACACAGUAACAUUAUAAUGGCAGCAAAAUAAAUAAUAAAACAUAAGUAUAAGGUGAGAUUAUAUCAAUGAGACAUUGUACAAAAUGGGUAUAGAUACAUUUAGGGCAUUAAAUACUAAUCUCAAGAAAAAGUUGAACAAAGCAAUUCAAAAUGGACCAAAAGCAAAGUGUACCUCAUUUUCACAGCUUUCAAAUUUUACAUUUCAUUCUUGAGAAAGAUAAAGGGGCUGGAGAUAAUCUUGGAUGCUGUGUCACCAUAAACACCUGUGCAAGACGAGAACUCACUUUAUCAUGUGUUUAAUAGUGGGAUUCAUAAACAUCUAUCACAUUCAAGAUCAAUAAAAAAUGACACACACAAGAAUUAGAGUAAGCAUUAUUUGUAUUACUUUUUUAUCUGUUAUAUUUGUAAUAUGAUUGUGAUUCAAUGUUCAGUUCUCACAUUUUCCUGCAAUGUUCUGCCUUCUCUGUGCGAAACUACUUGAGUCUUAAAGCCGCACCGCGUGUUUGCAGCUCUGUGGGUGAGCUUGAUGCAUGAAUUGAAGCAUUUGAUGAUGCGCAUAUGACAUAACUGCCGUGCAAUAUUGUAACAUGCGUUGCAACAUGGAGGCUAUCUGUUUGAUCUAUAAGAGAGGGUUUA